AUGGAGGCCAAAUUCGACAAGAUUCGAUCGCAGGCCAAUUCCAAGCUGGAAAACGUUAAAUUGUAUGCACGGACGUUGUUAGCUAUCGAGGAGACGAUCCGUGAACAAAAUGCUGCAUUGACACCAUCCGCUUAUUUCGGUGCUAUCAUGACAACAUUGCAAGCAACAUCCGCCGAUAGUGACAUUGCAGGAGCAUUGGUGUACUUGUUGAAUGAUGUGAUUGGAAGUCUUCCUCAGGCUGUGGUGCGAUCAAAGUUCAAUGACAUUAUGCAUGUACUUGAAGUGGUCUAUGAACACCAUAAGGAUGAACAACCUGUGUUGCGAUCGGUUGUGGGAUGUCUCCAAGAACUCCUCGUCAAACAAGAUGCCAACGCAUGGAGCAUGCCUAUUACCAAAAAAGCUUACCAAAUGUUGCUUUUACUCAGCGUGAAUACAUCUGUCAAGGCAAGGAAAGCAGCCCAUGAUGCUAUUCGUGUUAUCCUUUCAUCACCUCCACCACCCACUGCACAACAUCCAGCUGCCAAUGCAACCGCUGAUUUUGUGUUACGUGUGUUGCAUGAGACCAACAAGAAUGAUCAACACGCUGCUCAACAAAUCCUUUCUUUGCUUCAAUCCAUUGUCGCUUACUGGCCUGCCAACCGAUUCACGGUGCUUUGCCAAACAUUGCUUCAGCUUCCCAAAUUCAACAAUGUCUUUUUGACCAAGAGCGCAUUUGAAGUAUUCGAGGCCUUGUUUGAUGUUCAAGAAACCGAUAUUGAAGAGGAAAAGUUCAUUGCUUUAUUAAAGGCUAUUGGGGAUAUCAAACCUUCUGCUAUUGACGAGCGACUCUUGCCAGCUUGGCUUUUGAUUAUCAGCAAGGCAUACCCUGCAUACUCAAAGAUGAAUCCUGAACAAUGUGCUGUUGCUUUCCCUGCUGUAUUUGCCACUAUCUUUAACGACUUCCAGCAAGAAUCUCGUGUUUUCCGACAAAUGGCUGAUUGCUUGAGUGCGAUCAUCGAGUAUUGUGUGACACCCAACAUGAUUACACAAGCAACCCAAGGACAACAAAACGGCCUGACGGAUAUUAUCUCCCUUGUUGAGAGUGGACUGGGUGUACACUAUCAGGCUGCAUGGACCCAUGUUAUGACUGUACAACAAGCUUUAUUCAGAAAGCUUCAUCGUGCAUCAGCCCCGUUGAUGGAUGGAUGUGUUGCGCUCUUGGGUGAAUUGCGACUUGCCUCUGCUGAUUCUUACAAGGAGAGUUUGGAUAAGACAUUGGGCGCUGCUAUUACGCAUAUGGGUGCUGAACACUUCCUUGGCAUUCUUCCACUCAACCUCGAAGGAACGGAUGCCAAUCAUGUGGGUCGUGCCUUUUUAUUGCCACUCUUAAAGACCUAUGUGACCAAUACGAAUCUCGGUUACUUUGUCAAUGUCUUGAUACCCCUGGGUGAUCGUCUUGCUACCAAAGGACAAGCUGCUGCUGAUCAAGGAUUGGAUCUUCAAGCCAAGGUGUAUGAAACUUUGGUAAACCAGAUUUGGAGUCUUGCCCCUCGCUUCUGUGAUCUUCCUAUCGACUUGUGCAGUGCUUUUACGGAGGCUGUGGCCGAACGAUUCAGCAGCUUGCUUUAUUCUCAACCCGAACAACGUCCUAAUGUGGCUCAAGCUUUGCAAUAUCUGAUUGAAAAGAACCAGACGCUCGCCAAGUCUUCCGCCAGUGAUAAGGAUUUACAAGCUGCUUAUGGCAUCACUCAAUCUCAAGCAAACGAGAAUAUCCAACACAUGAGCAAGUUUGCUGUCAACUACCUUGCCGUAUUCUUCAACGUUUACAGUCAAAUUGGUGCUGGACAUCGUGGAUUCCUAAAUGAAGUUAUCAAGAGCUUCCUUAGCAUUGCCACUGCAGAGGAUAUCAAUUCUACAUUUAAAAAAGUACUUGGUUUGCUAUCUCAAGCAUUGGAGAACCCAUCUGCUUCCACGGCAGCAUCGAAUGAUCCAAGUGUGCCUCCACCCAUGUCGUACACCAUGCUGGACCUCUCAGUGAUCAUGAUUCCCUUUUUGGAUCCUGAAUCUAUGCAACUCUUGUACAACGGCACCUUGACAAGCCUGAUCAAUAAGGAAGAUGAGCCUGCUCUCCAAAAGAAGGGAUACAAGAUCUUGUACCACUUGAUGCAAACACCCAGUGGUCGUCAAAUUGGUAUUCAAAACAUUGGCGAAUUGCAAGAACGAGUCCUUGAAGCCACCCCUACCUGUACCAUUGGUGCUCGCAAGAACCGCGUCAAUGCUUUGCGUGGUGUUGUUGAAUUGCUUCCAUCCUCGGACCUUCAUUUUAUCCCAGCCAUCUUGUCUGAAGUGGUGAUUAGUUCCAAGGACAGCAGUGAAAAGACACGUAACGCUGCAUUCACCCUCUUGGUCGAAAUGGGUAACAAAAUGAGACAAGGUGGUACCGUCAAGAGUAGUAAGCUCCAAGGGUUUGAUGAGACUGCUCCUGACACUGUUGCCAACAUUGGUGAAUACUUUACCAUGGUUACUGCUGGUCUCGCUGGUACAACCGCUCACAUGAUUUCAGCAACCAUCGUUGCCCUUUCACGUAUCUUUUUCGAAUUCAAGGAUGAUCUUUCACCUGAACUUGUCAUGGAACUUUUGCAAACGAUCAAUGUCUUUGUGGGAUCCAAUAACCGAGAAAUUGUGGCCUCUGCACUUGGCUAUGUCAAAGUCUGUAUCGUUGUUUUGCCUGAUGAGAUGGUCGAACCACAAUUGGAGGCGGUCGUUUCCAGCCUGGUCCAAUGCAGUCAUCAAACACGCAACCAUUUCAAGCUUAAGUUGCGACAUAUCUUUGAGCGUUUGAUUCGUCGAUUUGGCUACAACAAGAUCCAUAUGCUUGUUCCUGAAGAAGACAAGAAGCUUAUUGCCAACAUUCAAAAGCGACGUCUACGUGCCAAGAGAAGAAAGGCCCUUGAUAAUCAAGAAGACAGCGAUGAGGAAAUGAUGGAAGAAGGUGCAGCACGUGAGAUGGCUAAAAAGACGGGCGCUGGUUUCCACGAUGCAUACGAAGAAGCUCUUUAUGGCAGUGAAAGUGAAUUGGAAGGUGGCUCAGAUGAUGAAGUAUUACAAAAUGUCAAGACCGCCUUGUCCAAGGUCAACAACAAAAAGAAGGGAUUACCGCAAACCUUUAUUCGUGAAGGUGUUGAUGAUACGCCACUUGACUUUUUGGAUCGAUCCGCAUUAUCACGUAUUACAUCUUCCAAGCCUGUGGAGCGUAAAAAGCAGGUGUUGGCUAAAUCUGCCGAAUACGAUGAUGAUGGCCGCAUGGUGUUCAAAGAAUCGGACGAUGAGAGUGACAAUGAUUCAGAUGAAGAGGAGACCGAAGAUUAUUACAUGCAAGCACAAAAGAGUGCCGAUGGCUUUGUGCGUACACAGCAAAACAAGAUCAAGUUUAAAAAGGGCGGCCAAAACAAUGAUUUCGAUGAUAAUGACGCCAUGGACGUGGAUCAAGGUGCUGCAGCAAAACGAAAAAAGAAGGCCAAGCAGCAAUUUGAAAUGAUUGGCAAGGAAUUCCGCUCAAAGAAAGCAGGAGGUGAUGUCAAGAAAAAGAACCAAUCGGAUCCCUAUGCUUAUGUCCCACUUGGCAAAGUUACAAAGAAGGGUCGCAAAGGACCCAAGGUUACCUACACCGGCAGACUUAAACGGUAG